AUGGACGUGCCGUACGGGCUGCAGUUCCAGGCGGCGCAGCAGCAGGCGCUGCUCUCGCAGGCGGGCUCGGUGAGCCUCGGCGCCCCCGGCAUCGCGCUGCCCACCACGCUGGCCACCACGCAGGGAUAUGCGGCGCCGGUGAUGACGGUCGGCUCCGGAGUGGCGUACCCGACCGCCCGGAACCUGGGUCCGCCAGCCUCCGCCUACCCCGGCCAGCAGCUGAUGCAGCAGCAGCAGCAGCAGCAGCCGAAGCAGCGAGUGUUCACGGGUACCAUCACCAAGCUGCACGACAACUUCGGCUUCGUGGACGAGGACGUCUUCUUCCAGACCAACUGCAUCCGCGGCACGCUGCCCAAGGUGGGCGAGCGCGUGCUGGUCGAGGCCCAGUACAACGCCAACAUGCCGUUCAAGUGGAACGCUACCCGCAUCCAGCUGCUGCCGAACCAGGGCGGCGCCGGCGGCGGCGGCGGCGGCGGCGCGAUGGGCGCCGUGCGCAGCCAGGCGGUGCUGACCCGCGGCCCACCCCAGGUCAUGGCCGCCAAGAGCGCCGGCCCGGCCUACAGCGCCGUGCCCCCGCCCAGUGAGCAGAUGCCGCAGCAGUCGAGCGGGCGGCGCCGCAGCCGCAGUCCGCGCCGCUCCAGGUCGCCGCGCCGCCGCGGCCGCGCCACGCCCAGAUACUCGGUCCACGUGCCCAAGGUCACCAUGGACAUGUCGGAGGCGGCUGUGCUCACCCUGAGGAAGCGCUACACUAACCUGUACGUGCCAUCCGACUUCUUCCUGUCGCGCUUCCUCUGCGCAGAGACGUUUCCGCUGCACCGUCCAUUCCAGCUGGCCUCGCCGGUGUCGUACCACGUGAUGAGCAAGGACGUGGACCCGGUGGCCGAGAACACCGCCGUGUACGAGCCGCCCGACGUGGACUACCGCUUCUGCGCCAAGGUGAUGCUGCUGACCACGCCCACGUGGGAGGAUAUCUGCCGCAAGACCUGCAACCUGGCCGAGGAGGACGUGGACGAGGACAGCCUGGUGCACCCCUCGCGCGUUAUCAGCUUCCUUGUCGGACUGCGCGGCAAGAACGAGACGAUGGCCAUCGGUGGCCCGUGGUCGCCGAGCCGCGACGGCGCCGACCCGGAGGGCGACCCGCAGGUGCUGAUCCGCACGGCCGUGCGCACGUGCCGCGCGCUCACCGGCGUCGAUCUGUCGCAGUGCACCAAGUGGUACCGGUUGGCCGAGAUAUUCUAUCGCCGGGGGGACAAGUCCACAGAAACGGUGGUUCUGUUCCUGCCGGACACCGCGGCGCUGGUGCCCUCUCGCGUCGACUGGGAGAAGCAGCAGGCCACCUAUCAGCGUCAUUUGGAAGCCAAACUUAACCCGUCGGCCGCCGCACAGGAUGAGAAGGACGAGGAGGGCGACGGCGAGGUGGCGACCAAACAGGAGCCCACGCGCUGGACGGAGCUCGACCCGAAGAGCAUGAAGGUGGCCGAGCUGAAGCAGGAGCUGGAGCUGCGCUCGCUCAGUCCGAAAGGCCUCAAGUCUCAGCUGAUCGCGCGGCUCACCAAGGUGCUGAAGACGGAGGAAGAGCGCGAGGAGGAGGAGCGGGUGUCGGGCGCGGCGGCCGCCGCCCAGCCGGCGCCGGCACCGCCGCCGGCGCCGCCAGCGCCGGCACCGGCCACCGAGCCCGAGCCGCCCGAGGACGAGGAGGCGCGGCGGCGGGAGGAGGCCGAGCGGCGGGCGCUCGAGAAAAAGUACCAGCUGCCGGACACGCCGCAGGUGGUGGUGCACCCGCACAGGACGGCCAAGUCGGGCAAGUUCGACUGCACGGUCAUGUCGCUCUCCGUCCUGCUCGACUACCGUCCCGAGGACAACAAGGAACACUCGUUCGAGGUGUCGCUGUUCGCCGAGGUGUUCAACGAGAUGCUGAUGCGAGACGCCGGCUUCACCAUCUACCGGGCGCUGGUGGAGGCACCCGACAAACCGCGCGAGGAGAAGAAGAGCAAGGACCAGGACAAGGAGAAGAAGGAGGCGGCCGGGGACGAGGACAAGAAGAAGGAGGACAAGGAGGAAUCGGAGGAGCGUGACGACGACGAUCACACCUCCAGCGACGCCAACAUGUACACGGCCAACAAGGCCCUGCUGAACGCCUUCGCCUACUUCGACACGUCCCACUGCGGCUACGUCGUCGAUAAGGACCUGGAGGAGAUCCUGUACACCAUCGGCAUCGGCCUCAGCCGCGCGCAGAGUCGCAAGCUGGUGCAGAAGGUGGCGGAGAAGGACGCCGUGCCGUACCGGCGCCUGACUGACCGGCCGGUGCCGGAGGACGGCGAGGAGGAGAAGCCCGAUCCCAGCCGGCAGGCUGACGUCACCACUCUGGCCAAGGUGAUGGUGAUGUUCGAGGGCAGCCUGGUGGACCUCUCGUCGCUGAUGGCGCGCGUCCGGCGGGCCGACACCACCCUGCAGCGGACGGAGAGUCGCAUGUCGGAGCUGCAGGAGGAGGUGCGCACCGUCCGGGAGGAGGCGGCCGGACUGCGCUCACAGGCGCAGACGCUGGACCGCGAGCUGGAGGCGGCCCGCAGCCAGGCCACCGGCCUGGAGCGCGAGCUGACCGGCAGCAGGGAGACGGUCGGCAAGUACGGCACGGCGCUGGACGCCGUGUACGCGGCCGUGGCGCCUCUGGUGGCCGAGGCCGAGAGCAGGAAUGCCGAGCAGACCAAGGCGGAGGCGGAGAGCGACGGCGAGGAGAUGCCGGACGCCUCUCCGGCCAGCGAGGCGGCCGCCGACGCCAAGCCGGAGCCCAAGCCGGACGACAGGUCGGACGCCAAGGAGGCGACGCCGGAGCCGGCGGCGGGCGACGCCAAGCGACGCGUCAAGCCGGAGACGCCGGACGCCAAGCGACGUGGCAAGGCGGCCAGUCCCGAGCCGGCCGCCAAGAAGGCCAAGGUCGAAAACGGCCAGCCGGUCUGAGCGCCGCGCGGUGGGCGCCGACUGCGCGGAGUGGGAAGAGGCGGCCGCAGGAGUGGGGAGUGCGCGGUCGCUGUCAACUUUGGUGCGUGACGGCCGCCGGAGUGUGGAGUGUGGCGGCUGCCGGCGUGGAGAGUGCGCGGCCACCAGAGUGGAGUGUGGCGGCCGCCUGAGUGGAGUGUGAAGGCCGCUGGAGUGUGGAGUCGUCGGGGGGCCGUCCGGCCGGCCGGCUGCAGUGCUGGUGGCUCUCGGAGCGGCAUUGGCCACAGUCGGAGGGCGCUGUGCGUCGCGCGCCCCUGCUCUGUUCGCGCCGGCGCCCCGUCCGGCGCCGCGUGCGCCGACAUCUGACCUCGUCCGGCGCCGAGAGCGCCAGACGCCCGGCCUGUCGGCACCGCGGCGGUGACCUGUGACCGAAGUCGGGAUCCUGCCCCGUGUGAGGAGUGCGAGCCUCGCUGGGUCAGGGGUGCGUGCGUGCGUGUGUGUUUGUGCGUGCGUUGUCUCACCAAUGAAAUCCCGCCCGGCGGUGCGCGUGCGUCCGUGGUUCCAGAUUGUCUGCUCUUUGGCCA